UUCACGUGUACACAGACGGGAAACGCCGGUAAAUUUUACAAAACAUAAUUUGAGGAUAAUAAGUUGUUUCUACUUUAUGUAUGUAAAUAUUUUUUUUUGAAAAUGAAAUGAAAUUUGAUAUUUCAUUAAUGGGAACUCUUCUCUGGUCAGUCGCUUUCCAAGCCAAUCCUGCCUCCAGACUCUGAACACCAACCCGAAACCAUGGCCCACCCACUGAUGCAUGAAAACAUUUGGUUCGACAGGAACAGGUUCCAGGAGGCCGAGGCGAAGUACCAGGAGCGCAUUGCCUCCCAGCAUAGCGGACUCGUAGUACAGAAAUCAGAUGGUCCGGCCAGCAAUCUGGUUAGCGAAAUUGCACGCGCACGUCAGAACAUUCAAAGCUCUUUGAGUGCUGGAGUUGGUCUCAGUGUGGGUGUGGGUGUAGACAACCCAGAGAUCUUGGCCCGUCUUUCAGCGGUGGAGAAGGAGAACGCAGACCUCAGAAAAAUCACAACUGAUCUCCAAGCUGCUGUUGCCAAGCUGACAGAACGCCUGAGUGCCUUAGAUACAUCAGCUGCUCCGUCUGCAUCACAACAAAAACAAACAAAACCAGUCCAAAACGGCAAAGCCGAUGAUGACGACGAAGACGAUGAUGACUUUGACUUGUUUGGGGAGAGCGAUGAAUCAGAAGAAGAGAGUGAAGAGAAGAAGAGGCAGACGGAGGAACGCCUGGCCAAGUACCACGAGAAAAAGUCCAAGAAGCCGGGUCCCAUUGCAAAGUCUAACAUCAUCUUUGACGUGAAACCUUGGGACGACGAGACAGAUAUGGGCGAGUUGGAGAAGGCCGUUAGGAGCGUUCAAAAGGAUGGCCUGCUAUGGGGUGCUUCCAAAUUGGUCCCUCUAGCCUAUGGUAUCAAGAAACUUCAAAUCACAUGCGUGGUAGAAGAUGAAAAGGUCGGCACUGAAGACAUAGAAGAAGGCUUGGAAGCCUUUGAAGACUUGAUCCAGAGUGUAGACGUCGCUGCAUUCAACAAAGUUUAAAUUUCCACCAGUCUGUCGCCCCCAUCAACCCUCCCGGAUGCAUUUAUUAUUAGAACCCCUAUUAACGAGAUAUUACACCAUGCCCCGAACUUGACAUAAAUGCUGCCCUCUUGUGACAGAAAUAUGUAUCGAUCUACAAAAUUCCCUUUUCACUCGGAAGAGAACGGAUUGAGAAAUAUCUUUUCUGUUUUAUCCACUCCUAAACCAUGUUGGGUGGUAUUCUCAUUGCAUUGAUUACGUUUCAGAGCUUAUUUUUAUGGAGUGCCAGUUGUCAACUCAUUUGUGACGUAUGGAAUGCCAGUUGGCAACUCAUUCGCUACCUACAGAAUAUGUAAUCAUGCUGUUAAAAUAUCCAAAAGAAUUCAUUUUGUUUUAAAAUGACAAGGUGCGUAACAAUGAAUUUCAAUUUAUUCUUUGGUACAUUAGUUUUUGUGUGGAUUUUGAUUAAGAAGAUACUAGCAUUCCAUAUAAGGAUGUACUAAAUUUCUUGCUUAGUCUGGCAUCAAACCUGGGUUUGAUUAUGAGAAGCCACCCGUAAUUGUUUUCCAUUCCAUCACCCAUAUUGGGUACAUUUUAUCAUCGAUGUUAAACGCUACUUUCUUUGACUAAUUUGCAUUUGGCCUGCAAGUCAAUUGGCCCAUAUCCAAUUCUUGUCGGUUACGAGCAAUACGUUAUUGAUAACAUUUCUCCAUGAAACUGGCCACAGGUUUCCCCCGUACAGCUUGAGUGGUGAGAAACACGUUUCAUUUUUUACUUCACUCAGGGUUUUGUAAAGAAAAUCAAGAUAAAAUAUUGAAAAGAAUAUAAUACUUCUGCAUGUGGCAGGACAAUUUUAUUAGAUACGGGCAAGCUCUGUUAAAAUGAGGAAGUGUGGUGGAUCUCCCGAGGUUCAUCUCUUGCUCAUGCCGAUAUUUUCACGGUGGUUUCAUUUAUAUUAUAAAUCACACAAAUCUACCAUUUUGUUUUAUCGCCGCAGAGCACGGAACUGUGAAAUACAAUGUGAAACCGUCUUCACCCGUUAUUAAUUCAGUCAUUUGAAAGUGUGAAUCGCAAAGUCCACGAAUUAACACACUGUGUGAUGCUAGUCUGCAGGCACAGACCCUGAUUGAAACUUUGAUCAACAAGUGGGUAUUCACACAAGACUAGCACUUUCAAAGGGUUUAGUAUCAAUUGGUCUGAUGCCAAUUCAACACAUUACCAACUCGUCUACUAUCAUUUGGUCUACCAUCCGUUCGUCCACUGUCCACAUGGUCCAAUUGGCAUUUCGUCCACUCACCAUUUCGUCUAAUAACCAGUUGGUCCAAUAGCCAUUUAGUCCAUAUACCAUUUGGUCUAAUUGGGCGAAAUGAAUGAAAAUGAAAUGGAUAUAGACCAAAUGGUUUUGAGACGAAAUGGUCAUAGACGAACUGGUGAUUAGACCAAGUGAUGAUUGGACCAAAUGGUUGAUAGACAAAAUGUCGAUGUACAGAAGGGCAUUAGACUAAAUAAAAGUAGACCAUGUGGUAAGUCGACGAAUUGGCAAUUUACCAUUGAAACUGAUCAACAAGUGGGUCUUCACACAAGACCAGCACAUUCAAAGCCAUUGUAGGCUGCAUAUUCAGACCACUUAAAAGUGUGAAGGGAUUGCUUUGAAGGGUAAAGGGUUUGCACAGCAGAGUAGUGUGACACUGCAUUCUUUCCAGUAGUGAAGAUUAGUCAAAUUUUCAGAUUGCCCGACAUAGCAACCUAUUAUGUCCAAUUUCAAUUUAUUUCUAAAUCAUGGCCAUCUGGUAAAACAUAUAAUCCACUGUGUGCGCAAUAACAAGGCGAGACAAGUCGUUAUCAUUGUGCUAUUAAUAUUUGGUUUAUUUCAUAUAAAGAUAUAACAUCUUUUGUAAAAAGAUAAGUGAAAAUAUACUGUAGAACAGAGAAGGGUACACUAAUAAAGAUGCAUAAAAAAACAA